AUGACAAUACAUUGUGACCGAGGUGGUAUUUAUAAUAAACUCCUAGAUUUUACUCAAGAAACAAGCAAUAAAAAAAAAGCACUAGAAAAAUUUGUGAAAGCCUGGACAAAUGAAUUACUUCAUUUAGAAACAACUAUAACAUCUCAUAUUGAGGGUUCACAUGCUACAUUAAAAGCAUACUUGCAAAUGUCUACAGGAGACCUUCAUCAUGUUUAUACAGCAAUAUCUUUAGCACAAUUAGCUGCACAAGAUACAUUAAAAAGCAUUAUUGAUGAACCUUCAAUGGCCUUACAAAAUCCUGAUAUAGUUCGUAUCAAAGGUCAUCCCUCUGGAGCUCCUAAUAACCAAAAAGUUAACUCAACUAAAAGAGAUCCUUCUGGCUUCAAAUUAGUAGAUCCCAAAGCAAGGCAUUGUGCUAUUUGCCAACAACCUAGGCACAAUGCUUGUACUUGCAUUAAUAAAAAAUAA